AUGUCUGUGAGUCAACUUAAGCCCGAGGAGCAGGUGGUUAUUGCAGCUUCCGAGAAUCUAUCAAUGGGUCCUUCCCCACUUGGAGAAAGCCAGUUCAAUUUCGUGGCUGCAAACAACUGCAGUGUGGCUCUCCAGCGGGGAUUCUAUUUCUCCCUUCGGAUGCCCGACUGGGCUAAGGACUUUAAGCACCAGACCCAGAAGAUACUAUCCCAUGGUUUUGACUGCCCAAGGAGAAGUUUUAAAAGUAGCAACGACUCGGAGAUGUCGAAAUUCUAUGCAGAUUAUCGUUCUGAACGUUAUGGCGAAAUCUUUUCGGAGAGCAGUAAUGCACAAUUCUUUGAAAACAUUCCCCGAGAAAUGCAAGUUUCCAAUCAAACGAAAUCAAAGCGAGCACUGCGAUCACCCAAGAUUAAGGACGACUUAACGUGUGGCAAAAAGGUGCCAUCCUAAACACCCUGGCAUUGGCUGUCUAAAAUUCGAGGUCACACAGGAAACAUCACAAGGAGUUCGGCUUUCCGAAGCUAGGUAAAAUGGUUGUGGGCCUGAUUUUGCGAGCGGGCGUUGUCUACGCUGUGGUAAUGGUCACCAAGAACUACGGCGUGUGGGAAUCGCCAACCAAGACGCAGGAUGUGUACGAUGAAACCGUGGAGCGCAUCGAACCCUACGCCGAUCGGGCGCGACGUAAACUAAAUAUGUGUCCGCCUAGGCCACCACCGGAAGGAGAAUGGUCCUUCUUUGGCGUCUAC